GGAUGGAGGGCAAGGGAAAAGGAGGGGGCUUGUUGCGAAGGUAGAGCGAGCGAGGAGCGAGGGGGACGGGCCAGUCGCGUCCUGCGGGGACUGCAGCUGAGGCGGCGGAGAGUUGGCGACGAAGCGGUUAACCCUGCAGCGACAGAGACAACGGCCGUUCGGCGACUGCCGCUGAUCCGCUGACUGGAUUGCCUGUCGCCUCCGUUAGCUGCCCCGCCCGCCGGUCCCUGCGCCUAGUCCGGUCCGGCCCCGCAGUCACCAUAGAGACAGCGGCGGCGGAGGCGACGACGGCGCCGCUUGCUCGAAAGCCAUGGGCAGGAGCCUGCUGCUGGGCUGCGCCGGGCUGAACCGGAGGGCGCCGCGGGACAACCGGUAAUAUCGCCUCCCCCCCGCCACCACCACCUCAGCCGCGUUUCCUUCUCUCCUCGGAGGCCCUCGAGAGGAAGAGUGAACCCCGCGCCGGCCUCGCUCUGAGGGGGAAGGCGCGCCGGCCGCCGCGUUCCAGCCUCUGCUUAAAUGGAAGCCACCUUUGGGAGCUGGAUGGUCUCUAUUGACGUAGGCUUUGCAUAGCAGCUGCACCACCCCAGGAGAUUGCAAUGAGUGGAGGAGGGGAACAGCCAGAUAUCCUGAGUGUAGGAGUAUUGGUCAAAGAAAGAUGGAAAGUGUUCAAAAAGAUAGGAGGUGGAGGGUUUGGAGAAAUUUACGAUGCAAUGGACUUGCUUACCCGAGACAAUGUUGCAUUGAAAGUCGAGUCAGCUCAGCAACCAAAGCAGGUUCUGAAAAUGGAAGUAGCUGUGUUGAAAAAACUGCAAGGAAAAGAUCAUGUCUGCAAAUUCAUUGGCUGUGGAAGGAAUGACAGAUUCAACUAUGUGGUCAUGCAGUUGCAGGGUCGGAACUUGGCCGAUCUGCGUCGAAGCCAAACUAGAGGGACCUUCACAAUCAGUACUACCUUGCGACUUGGCAAGCAAAUUCUAGAGUCUAUUGAGAGCAUUCAUUCUGUUGGUUUUUUACACAGAGAUAUUAAGCCAUCCAACUUUGCUAUGGGACGUUUCCCUAGCACUUGGAGGAAGUGUUACAUGCUGGAUUUUGGCUUGGCGCGUCAGUUUACAAAUUCAUGUGGGGAUGUCAGACCGCCCAGAGCUGUUGCUGGUUUUAGAGGGACUGUGCGGUAUGCGUCAGUCAAUGCUCACAGGAACAGAGAAAUGGGACGUCAUGAUGACCUCUGGUCUUUGUUUUACAUGUUGGUUGAAUUUGUGGUUGGACAGCUGCCCUGGAGGAAAAUUAAGGACAAGGAGCAAGUGGGCUCCAUAAAAGAGAGGUAUGACCACCGGCUGAUGCUGAAACAUCUCCCUCAAGAAUUUAACACCUUUCUAGAUCACAUUUCUACUUUAGAUUAUUUUACUAAACCUGACUACCAGCUUCUCAUGUCCGUCUUUGACAACAGCAUGAAGACUUCUGGGGUGACUGAGAGUGACCUAUUUGACUGGGAAAAGAGUGGAGCUGAUGGCUCUUUAACAACAACCACCACUUCAACUACUCCUCAACUGCACACUCGUCAGACCCCAGCUGCCAUAGGAAUUGCCAAUGCUACACCAAUACCAGGAGAUAUGUUGAGAGAGAAUACAGAUGAUGUGUUUCCAGAUGAACAUCUCAGUGAUGGUGAGAAUGGUAUCCCUAUGGGAAUCUCUCCAGAAAAGCUACCAGAGUCUCCUGGACAUCAUCUUCAAGAAAAGGAUGUGUGGGAGGAAAUGGAUGCAAACAGGAAUAAGAUAAAAGCAGGUGUCCAUAAAGCUGCUACAGAAGAGGAAAACAGCCAUGGACCAAUUAAUGGCAUGCUUAAUGCACCAAGCCUUGGUUCUCCAAUUAGAGUCCGCUCAGAGACCACACAGCUAGAUCGGGAUGUUCCUCUGGUGCGGAAGCUACGAUCAAUUCACAGUUUUGAACUGGAGAAACGUCUGACCUUGGAGUCCAAGCCAGAUACAGAUAAAUUUCUGGAAGUCUGCAUGGAGAAGAAGAAAAGAGAGUUGAAUCCUGGCAAAGAAUCUGCUGUUGCAGCUUUUCAAAAACCACCCAUGCCUCCAGUUGCUUCCGGUCAUGAGCAUGUUUGGCACUAUGAUGAAGAAUACCUACCUGAAGCUUCCAAGCCCAUUUCUGGCAGCUCUCCAGAACAGGGUGAUGGUGUUGUCAGCAAUGGAUAUGUGGCAGUCAAUUUGAGUUCCUGCCAGCAGGAGGUUGACUCCAAGGAAUGGGUGAUAGUGGAUAAAGACAGAGACCUGCAGGAUUUCAGGACUAAUGGAGUUUUAGGGCAUAAAACAACUGGAAGCCCCUCUGAUGAGGAGCCUGAGGUGCUUCAAGUCCUUGAAGAGCCCCCACAAGAAGAUAAGCUUAGAGCUCAUACCAAGAAUACAGCUAUGGGACCAGCAUUGGAUCUAGAUAUUGAGUGUCAUGGUACAGCCGCUUCUGAACAGUUUACAGAUCAACUAGAACUCCCAGUUGGAACUGCUGGUCAUCUUCUUGCAGUCACACCCACAAGCCUAAUGGAGGCCCAAGCAGAAGGGGCUCUUACUCCACUCAACUCACUUCACAUGCUGCAUUUCUCCAUCCCAAGAAUUUCAAGUCCCAUCCUCCGUACCCUGAGCCCUAUAACCCACCUCACCACCCACCUGGACCCUGUGAAAGAGGCUGGCUUUCCAAGGAGUCAAUCAGGAGACAGCCACUCUUCCUCUUCCUGGUCAGCUGCCCGUAGGCAACUUCCUGUCAUUCCCAGUGGAAACAAGUUCCCCCCUGUCAUUCGCAUCUCAAAAGCACAACUUCAGCAGGUUACAAUACCCAGACCAUCAAUGGCAUCCACGCAGUCUGCUUCUGAGAGUUUUUAUUUUGGCCAGCAACUAGAGAAGAAGGACCGAGAUCCUCGGCUUUUGGAACAUACUGUUGAACUUUCCUCUCCUAAGGAGAACUUGGUUGGCUUGGCAGCGGCAAACGAUGCACUGACUCUUAGUGGCAGUAGAACAGAUGUAGUACACAAGUUAGACCACAACCUAGAGGCAAUUGGAAAGGAUGAGUGUAUUGAAGAAUGUGUUGGAAUCCAAGAUCAUAGCCAAACAGACCUACUUGAACAAUACAUGAAGAGACAAGGAGAAAAUCUCUUCGAAAAAGUGGAAGAAAAUCAGCUUCCUGUGGCUUAUGAAAAUGAUAUUGAAAUACAGAUUGAAGGACCAUGUUCAACUGCUCAAGGAAACACUGAAUCUGUAUUGGAUGGUCCUCUGGCUGUUUCAGAACCUGAAGAACUGAGGCCAGUUCCUUCCUCCUCCUUGCCAAAUCAGGAUGCAAAACAGGAGUUACAGAAGCAGUCAGCAGCCGAAACAUCAGAUGUUUCUUUAUCAAGAAGUACUGACCCAUUUGCUCAAAAACAGGACAACCAAGUAGUACCAGCGCAAGAAAAUGGUUUCCAUGAUGAUGGGGAUAUUGAUCAUGCUGAAGAAUUGCAAUGCCAACAGGUGAACCUUGCCACCUUUUUGCACCAAGAGGGGAAAGAAGAGCAAAAUGUCCAGAGAAAUGGAGAAUUGUUGCACUCCAGUUCAGAGAAUGAGAGUUCUAAUCCAUCCAAGAAGGAGUUAGUUAGAUCUGCAUUCGUGGCUAGACAGAGUCGCAUUCCAGUUUUAGCACAAGAGGUAGACUCCUCAUCAGAAUCGUCUCCUGUUUCAGCAAAGGAGAAGCUGCUUCUAAAAAAGGCUCAUCAGACAGACUUGGUUAGAUUACUUGUAGAAAAGAGACAGCUCAAAUCUUUCCUUGGUGACCUCUCAAGUGCCUCUGACAAGUCCCUGAAAGAAAAAGUAGUUGCUGGUCCAUUACCACUUCCUGAAGAUGUGUUGUCCUCCUUUUCAAAACUGACACUGGACACUCAUUUGCACAGCCAAGUAGAGGAGAGUUUUUUGUCACCAAGCAACCCUCAGUCCAGAAAGAGCAAAAUCCCAAGACCCGUAUCUUGGACUCCCACAGAUCACGUUAGCAGUUCAAAUUCAGCUCAGUUUUUUCCUCGUCCACCACCAGGAAGACCACCAACAAGGCCUGGAGUAGAAGCCAGGUUGCGCAGGUACAAAGUACUAGGAAGUAGCAGCUCUGAUUCAGACCUGAUCUCUCGCCUGGCUCAAAUUCUUCAGAAUGGAUCUCAGAAACCACGAAGCUCUUCUCAGUGUAAGAGUCCAGGGUCUCCACAUAGCCCCAAAACACCACCCAAAAGCCCCGUCGUCCCCAGACGCAGUCCCAGUGCCUCCCCUAGGAGCUCUUCUUUGCCUCGUACUACCAGCUCCUCACCAUCCCGGGGUGGGCGUCCUCACCAUGAGCAGAGGAGCUCAUCCCCACAUCUUGGAAGGAGUAAAUCGCCUCCCAGUCUUUCAGGCUCUUCAUCUUCCAGGAGAUCCUGCCAACAAGAGCACUGCUACAACAAGUCUAACAAGAAUGGGUUGAAAGGAUCUAGUGGCUCCUGCCACCACUCCUCUAACGUUAAGUCUCCCACAGGGAAGAGCAAAUCAGCCAGUAAACUUAGCAGAUAGGAACUGAGUCUGUGUCUGGUGUCAAAGCCCCUUAAUCCGAUGCAUGUUGUGUUUGUGUACUGUGUAUUUAAACAAAAGUCUUCAAAAAUCAGUGUUCAUCCUGACUUUCAAAGGAAACAAAAAUUAAGAUGAAAUAUUUAUAAGGUCCACUUUGUAUAUGAGUGGCCAGGCAUUUCCUAAGAACAUGCAGCAAGCAGAUCAGGGAGGCUAGAGGGCAGGGAUGGAGCAUCUGGAAAGUCCAAGAUGUGUGAAACAGAACAGUGUCUUGGAGGUGAGUGUUUUUAAUAAGAUUUUAGUUUACUUUUGAUUUCAUAUAAAAGCAUGACCUGUUUUAGGCUCUUUCAGUUAUCAAACCUGAAACCUGAAAUUAAUUUCACCUUGGCACUAUUACAUCUGAGGUACUACUCAGCUGUGUGUGUCUGUAGAGUUUUUAAAAAGCACAUUAUUUGAAACAGCAAUAUUCCUGUAAGUUUCUAUCAGUGUUGGGCUUCACACAUCUGUUUUCAAGUUGCUCACUGCCCAUGUUCCUCCUUUUAAAGCAAAAACAGAAAAACUCAGCAUCUUGUACCGCUGUAUAUUUAAUGUGGGUUACAUUCUUAUAUGCAGUAAAUGUGUACAAAUCCACUGAAACCAAUGUAAUUUAACAUUUAUGUAAAUUUACCUAUAUUUUCAGAUUGGUAACAUUCUAUUAACUGCUGUUCAGAUCCUGAUUCUUGGACAACUUGAUCAUUUAUCUGUGUGUGAAUUUCUGGAGUUAUGGCAGGUUUACAUCAUAUCAUAUAUGAAGGAUCUGGAGAUGAUGCUCACAGUCUGAGUUAAGAAGGAAAACCAGAAGAGUUUGGACCCUGGAGCAUUCCUAUAAUUAAAACAUUUGUUUGUGCAAUAGUCUCUCAGGGUACAAAGGAGAGCCACUGUUAAAGCUGAUGAGAAUUUACCCAUUGGGGUGAGAUGUUUAGUCCAUUUACCUACCUUAUUUACAGUGUUCCUCUCAGUGUAACUGUACUGAGGAAGAGCAAAAAUGUUUACACACUUAGACUUCUUACUUGAGAAUGUAAUCUAAAUCUGGAAGAUAAAUGAAGCUUUCACCACCUACUAAAAGGACACUGCAGAGCCUUCAUACGUAGUAGGUUAGAAAGAAGCAGCAAUUCCUUUGUUUUCUUAAGAAUCUGAAAAAUAAUACUUGAUAGUAAAACCUAAAACACUAUUUCUCACAUGUCAACAUCCCUAAACCUAUAUUGUAUGUCAAGAGCACGUCUGUCCAAUUUGCAGAUGUUGCUACCAAAAUCUGAACCAGGUAAUCAUACAUGUUUAUUGGGGGUUUGGGUGGAAGCCCACACCUCUGUAGUAGCUUCCUGCAAUACAAAUAUACAUAGUUCCUUACUCAUAUUCUUGUGUUUAGGGACAUUAUAAUUUGGAAAACAACAUACUGAAAACUCAUGUUUAAGGAUUGUCUUCCAUUCCCUCUGAAUAAGAUCAGUGGCUUUUAGUUUUCCCAAACUUUAUAUGGGUAUCAUUUUAUGACUAUUCGAGGAAUGACUUGUUUUGCUAGAUUUAGAAAUCAAUGGUGGAUCACAUAGGGAUGUUUUAAAAGGGAUACAACUAGCUCUCCAAAAAGGUUCCUGUUGUAGGGGAUACUGGAUGUGUGGGUAAAUUUGGAAAUUACUGAUCUGCUUGCUAUAGUCAUAUGCCUGUAGCCAGCAUAAAUUAUUUUUAAUUUAACUUUGUUUUAUUUAACUUCGUUUGCUGCCAAAAUAGUAUCUUUGGGUGGAAAAGGGAAUAUUUUCUCUCUGAGCUAACACAUUUCUAAUGCUGCAUUGAAGCUGCACUGAAUUUCUCUGGUUCUGUCAGAAUGUGUUGGAAUUUUUUUACUCUUAAAUGUGUAUAUUGUUUCCCAUAAGUAAUGUAGCACAGUGUGAAACCUUAGCCUCAGUCAGGUUUCAAACACUACAGAGGAAUGCAGUAGGGAGAGCAUACCUGCUGUUUCUUGAGAAACUAUAUGAUUUAUAAGACCUAUUAUGUUGUAUUAUAUUGUAUGAUAGGUGCUAUACCAAUAAUUGCAUGUUCUCAUGGUAAAUUAUAUAUUAUAAAUAUUUAUAAAUAUAAAUAUAUAUAUAUAUAUAUACAUAUGCUUCUAUA